AUGCAGCUCUGGUCUCACAAGGCAGCGCAAGACGCCCGUAUCCAAUCAGGAGAGCAGCACCACCACCCUUCCCUACGCGAGAUGCUUGAUAACAAGAACGAACCCAAAGCAGGCGGGAUUGCGCCCGAGAAUAUAUCGGGCCCAAUCCCCAUCAUUCUGUGCGGCCAGUCGGAACAAAUCGGUCGCGGUGUCAUUGAGGGUCUGAAACCGGAUUAUGAAGUCAUCCACUUCAUCACAUCAGCCGCCUCGGGAGCCGUCAUCAUACCAGCCCUCCUGACGUCCAAAACCACUCCACCACCGCAGCACCCGGACACGAGCACAAUCGGGAGCGGGAACUACGCCGCUCCCCCACGCGCCGUGGUUCUCGGCAGCGUGUUCGACGAUGCGGCAGUCGAGCUCCUUCAGAAAGCCGUCGUUGACGACGAUCAAGGUACCCCGUCGAGAAAGGUACCUUGGCUGAGGCAUGACUUGAGAAAGCCGGCGCCGCCUCUGGGGCCCGAGUACGGCAAGGCCAUGGUCGCGCGUGUCAAGGAGGUGCUAGGACGGUUGGAGGGGGAGGGGAAACUGGGUGGUGAGUAUGGAGGUGACGAGUGGUAUUGA